CGUCGAUCAGUGCCAGCCGGAUCCUUCGAUGAUCAUCACAUGAAGCGUCUUCGUUUGUCUGCUGCAUGCCUUGAAUAACGCGACGAACGUGGCUUCCAGAAACUUCCUUGCGAAAGUCACCAAUCCGGUAUCAUGGCCCACGACCGUCAAGAGAAAGACCUUCGAUGUCCAUACUGUCCUUUUGUCAGCCAUGACUUCGAUAAACUUGAUAGGCACGUGCAACGUCUUCACGCUGACGUGCAACACCCAAACAAUGAAAAUCCUCAAUCCAACCCAUCUCGCCCGCAGAGUGAGCCGGAUUUGAGCGAUUUUGAACUUGCCCAGGUUCUUGCCUUUGAAGAAGCCGGACUUCCUCGAGAACUUGCAUUAUCUGAGGUACAAACUGUUCCUUCCAACGAACAGCUUCCUCGAAGUCGGGAAAGUGCCAAUGGAUCCCACGUAGAUCUGCCUGUUGCCCAUCUUACCGAUGAAGCACAAUGGGUUGAGUGUUUCUGCGGCGAGCGGGUACACUUUCUUGAGCUUGAUGCACAUUCCGACAUGCACGCUCAAGAGAAGCUUUCCAUUGAGGAUGGCGAUCUUCCUGCAGUCGAGCUGGCAAAUCUUCCCUCUACCGCCGACCAUCGUUUGAGCAAUAUCUCUAAUUCCUUUAGCACCAAUAUUCCGAGAUCUCUGCGGAACUAUGAUCAGCUACAGCCCACAACUCCUCCGAGCAGCGGCAAACGACGGACUCCGUCUCUGAAGGAUAUUUUCCUCGGUAGCCCGGCAUCGUCCAAGAGAAAGUCUCCAUACAAUGCCGUAUCUGCUAAAGAAGGCAAGACACGACGUCUUGGGAGGGCAGAACUCGGGCCGUAUGCGCAUGAACGUCAAAUGCCUAACUGGCUACGACGAAUGCUUGAAGAUGGAGCACAGGUCACAAUCACUAACAGGAUCGGACCCGACGGCACCUUAGUCCGAGUCGAAAGCAUCGCGAAUGAAACUCCUGGUCUCGUACCAAUCCUUGCACGACUAUCUCAGCUUGACCGGAGUGUUGAACGUGCGUUCUAUUGCAGCCCCGAAGUACGUCAUGUGUGCAAGAUGCCUAAAGAAGGAGGGUUCUGCGGUUACCGCAACAUUCAGAUGCUCAUAUCAUACGUUCGCGGGGCUGAGGCUACCGGGGCUGCAUGUUUUCGUGAAAAGUUGCCCUCUAUUCUGCGACUUCAGGAUUUGAUUGAGGAUGCUUGGGAUAUGGGGAUCAAUUCAAAUGGACGAGUCGAGACUGGCGGCAUCCGACUGACACGAAAGUACAUCGGCACGCCUGAAGCACAAGCAUUGUUCAUGAGCUUGAAUAUUCCAUGCGAAGCGACGGCAUACACGACCACUGGUAAUGUCGAGGCCUCCGAGACUAUGCUUUGUGCAGUUUGCGAGUACUUCGACGAUAACACAACCAAAGACAAUGUGGACAAAGUUGUCAUAACGGACAAGCCACCUAUCUACUUCCAGCAUCAAGGUCACUCGAUGACAAUUGUCGGUGUCGAGAGCAGACUGGACGGGGAUGUCAAUCUGAUGGUUUUUGAUCCCAUGUUCAACCCGUCUCCUGCUCUGAAGAAGGUCGUUAUGUCAGGGACCACAUCAUUCAAAUGUGCCGAGCCGGAAAAGUUGCUCAAGGCGCACAGACGUGGAGAGAAAUAUCUCGGAAAAUACCGCGACUUCGAACUCCUGAAGCUGAAAUGAGAGCACCCUACGAGACCAGUAUGGAGAAGAUUCCGAUUCCCCAGCACGGGACAUGAC